AUGGCAACAGCCAUGUCCACAAAUUGUUUGAUAUCCCCUGAGCCUUUAUUAGAGCAAUUCAAUUGUCCAAUAUGCUUGAACACUAUGAAAGACGUUUGGGUAACCAGUUGUCUUCAUCGUUUUUGUGAGAAUUGUAUCAAAGAAUCUGUCAAUGCUGCUCAUCGAUGUCCAUUGUGUAAUAAGAAUUUACAACAAGAAGAUAUUCAACGUGAUGCUCUGGGAAACAGUGUACUCGAAACCAUCGACAAAUCUAUUCAAGAAGCUGAGGCACAGAAGGCGAAAUCAUUUGCUACUCAGGUCGUUAAUCAAAUCGGUAACACUUCCAUUCGAACAAUUCUUGAGGAACUUUUUCGUGAUACAUUGGUAACAUCAUUGGCAAAUCAUCUAACUAGUGAGAAUGAUAUGAAUAGUCGGUAUAAACGUAAGAAAAUGGAUAUUGAACAAGCAUUCAAUCGAGCUGUAGUCGAAUUACAAGAAAAGAGGUUGCCGAAAGAUGAAUACAAGAAAGAAUUGGACGAGAAAACUGAACAGUUCAAACGGGAAAUCAAUGCACUCGAUGAAGAAAUUCAUAAUGUUCAAAUCCUAUUUAUUGAAGCAUAUAAAAACCAUCUCAAUGAACAUAUAUCUAACUUUGGUGCUGUUUCCACACAAGUUCGUGUGACUUUAUGGAAAGAAGAUUUCUUAUAUAAAAACAAAGAUAAACAAUAUGCUGUGAAAUUAAUGCGUCCGGAAGAUUCAAUGGAAGUAUUAUUACCUGUACUGCAUGAACUCGUUCAAUUAAAAUCUGAUUCUAUAGCGAAAUUAGGCAAUAUGAUAAUGUUUACUUGUAUCAAUCCUCUUGAUGAUCUUUCUGAACAAGCAGUAAUCCGACGACUGCAGAGAAUGGAGACCGAAGGUGACGAUGAUGAUAAUGAUUUACUCACUGUGUCAACCAAUUGUCGACCGAUAUUAGAACAUAAAUUAUUACGUGGCACACUCGUUGUUAUUCAUGGUGAUGUUGUAUUAGAAAGUGAAGUUCCGAAGACAUGUUUCAGACAAGUGUACCAAGAACAUCCGAAUCAAGCGCAUCAGGUCGAUUAUUUUCAAUGUUAUACUUGUUUAACUGAUGGAAAACCAUUACGAUGGAUCUGUAAAUCAUGUGCAACUGUUUGUCAUAAAAAACACGACGUCAAAGCAUUAAUAUUCGGUAACAAUGCUACUGGGCCUAAGUGUGAUUGUCGUAAGAAGAAUUGUCAAAUUUAUCCUCGACAUUAA